UAGAAGCUUGCAACCACCUUUGCGUUCGCGUUGUGCUUGUGUUUGUAAAUGUUCUUCUAUGCGGCAAAAUAUUGCUGGAAACAUGCGAGAUUUGGCAUUUUUACCAAAACCAAAACCAAAACAAUGUGCGCUUGGUCGGCAAAGGUGAGUGUGGUCGUGCGGACAAGUUGCGCCCGGUCCCGGAAGACUCGAUUGGAGCUUUUUUUUAAUUCUUUUUUUUUAAUUGAUGUUUAUUUUUUAAUUUUUUUUUGGGGGGGGGGGGGAGUCCCCGGUGGAUUAAUUGGAGUUCCAUGGAGGAUGUGUCAGAGUCUGAGGUGGGAAACAAAAAGUCUGGAGGCACACAUGAACCGGCCCCAACUGCCAUAUCGUCGUCCUCAGAGGACCGCCACGACGGCACCAGCAACGGGACGGCGAGGCUACCUCAGCUGGGCGGCGUGGGCCAGAGUCCCUACACGAGCGCGCCGCCGCUCUCCCACACGCCCAACUCAGACUUCCAGCCCCCGUACUUCCCCCCGCCCUACCAGCCCAUCUACCCGCAGUCUCAGGACCCUUACUCGCACGUCAACGACCCUUACUCCCUCAACUCCUUGCACGCCCAGCCGCAACCGCAGCAUCCGGGAUGGCCCGGCCAGAGGCAAAGUCAGGAGAGCGGCCUGCUGCACCAGCAUCGCGGCCUGCCCCACCAGCUGUGUCGGGACUACCGCAGGGAGGUGCUCCUACCGUCCGGCCACGGCAUUGACACGGGACUGUCGGACUCUAUCCAAAUCCAUGGAAUACCUCACUCUUUAGAAGAUGUCCAGCCUGUUGAGGAUCAAGGAAUUCACAUUCCCGACCAGACUGUAAUUAAAAAAGGUCCAGUGUCUUUAUCCAAGAACAACAUCUCCGGCAUCCCCAUCAACAAGGACGGCCUCUUCGGCGGGGUGGUCAACCCGAACGAGGUGUUCUGCUCGGUUCCGGGUCGCCUGUCCCUCCUCAGCUCCACGUCCAAGUACAAGGUGACGGUGGCCGAGGUGCAGAGACGCCUCUCGCCGCCCGAGUGCCUCAACGCCUCUUUGCUGGGCGGCGUGCUGAGGAGGGCCAAGUCUAAGAAUGGAGGGAGAUCCUUGAGGGAGAAGCUGGAUAAAAUCGGUUUGAAUCUACCUGCAGGCAGACGCAAGGCGGCCAACGUCACCCUGCUGACGUCACUAGUAGAAGGCGAAGCGGUGCAUCUCGCCAGGGAUUUUGGUUACGUGUGCGAGACCGAGUUCCCCGCCAAAGCAGUAGCCGAAUAUGUAAACCGUCAACACUCCGACCCAAACGAACAAGUCCAAAGAAAAAAUAUGCUACUGGCUACAAAGCAAGUGUGCAAGGAGUUCACGGACCUGCUGUCCCAGGACCGCUCGCCGCUGGGGAACUCGCGGCCGCAGCCCAUCCUCGAACCGGGAAUCCAGAGCUGCUUGACCCACUUCAGCCUCAUCUCGCACGGUUUCGGCACGCCGGCCCUGUGCGCGGCCGUCACGGCCCUGCAGAACUAUCUGACCGAAGCCAUCAAAGCCAUGGACAAAAUGUACCUCAACAACAACCCCAACAGUCACUCAGAUAACGGCACUAAAGGCGACAAAGACGAGAAGCACAGAAAGUGAUACCCCCCCCCCCCCCCUUCCUCCAUCAAGGGGCCAAAUCCCCGGGGGCCCUUUUUUUUUUUUUUUUUUUUUUUUUUGCUGCAACCACCCCCCCCACCACCUCUUCACUCCCCGCCUUGUCUGGGCUCUCCCAACCCAUCCAAUAUAAAUAUUAUAAAUACUAUUGAGAAAGUCGCGCCACUUGCCGAUCUUUUUUUUGUUGUUUUUGUUUGUUUGUUUGUUUGUUUAUUGACACCCAAUUUUUGGAUUCGCUGGGGGGGACAAAAAAAAAAAAAAAAAAGGACAGAAGAAUCUUCCAGCACCUGUACGAACGUGAUUAUUAUUGUUAUUAUAAAAAAAGAAACGAAAGAACAGCUCCGGGGUGUGGAAGAGGUGUGUUUGCUCACAAAAAAAAAAGACGUCUGAUGUUCUCCCACCACCUCCUUCUAUUUUUUUGUUUUUUCUAAAGCGCUGCAAGCAAUGGACUGAAAUCCAGCGACCCAUUUGAAUUUUGUGAGACAAAAAAAAAAAAAAAAGAAGAAGAAGAAGAAGAAGAAGAAGAAUCCCAAAGAUGGACGAAUUCUUCUCUCAGUAUUGUGAAUAAUAGCUUGGAGAAUUUCCAUGUCAUCGCUUCAAACUCUUUUCUCCUCUCUCUCCAAGCGACCAACUUGAACUUCUUCUUUUUUUUUUUUUUUUUUUCUUUUUUUUUGGAAUUUCAACACGAUUCACGGUUAUAUAAGGGAAUCAGUGUUCAUGUAUGUACAUAUUUAUUUAUGUGUAAUUUAAUGGGAAUUGUAAAUAUGGUGCGUCUGUUGAAACCUUUUUUUUUCUUUUUUUUUUUUUUUCUUUUUUAAUUUAUCUGGUGCCUCCUUGUUUUAGUGGGUUUUAAUAUUUGGUUAGUUCUUCAUGUGAUUUAAUGGUUCUUAGAAAAAAAACCAAAAAAAAAAAAAACAAACACAGAAGUUUGGGGUCUUUUAAAAUUUAAUUUCUCUGGGAUAUUUCAAUUCAGCCCUCUUGUAGCAUGUUGAGGCGACAUUGAAGCAAAUGAACAAAUUGAAUAGAAAUAAACUUCCACUUCUCUCUCUAUAUAUCAUCUUUAUUCCGUUUAUUUGCUCAUUUCACACCCUGAGGAGAACUGUUUUUUUUUUUGUUUGUUUGUUUUUUUCUGUGUGUGUUUCUAUUUUUUUAUACAAGAUUUUACGUGAUGUGCCAAUCAGAAAUCACCUCCUGUUCUCUCCUUGAAGCGCCAUAAAAGCAAUAAAUGGAGUUUUGUUCUUUUCUUGUUCCAAACACGAUCUUAGGAUCGCGUUCUGUCCGAUAAUGUCCAAAAAUUGGAGGCGAUUUUAGCUGUUAUUGUAUAGACACGUGCUGGCAAUAGUUCCCGAUGCCUGUCAAUGUAUUAUAUUCAUUUGUUGCCCAGAAAAAAAUAAAUAUUUGAUACGCUU